GGGUAGCUGGAGUGAGCCCCAAACCUUGCUGCUUUGUACUCGGAGAGCCUCUGUCUCCAACACAGCGAGUCUGAACGUUAAAACCCAAUUCUUCACACACCCACGAAGUUCUGCCUUUUCUUCUCUUUCAGUGUCUCCUGUACCCCCCAAAAUUUCCCCUCCUCCUGUGUCCUCUUCGCCCCCCUCUUUUGGGGGGCCCGUGACCCUGAAUGUGGGGGGCACACUAUAUUCCACCACCUUAGAGACCCUGACCCGCUUCCCGGACUCCAUGCUGGGAGCUAUGUUCAGGGCCGGCACCCCUAUAGCCCCCACCUCCACUCCCCAGGGAGGGGGCCACUACUUCAUCGACAGGGAUGGCAAGGCCUUCCGGCACAUCCUCAAUUUCCUGCGGCUGGGGCGCCUGGACCUGCCCCGCGGGUAUGGGGAGACAGCGCUCCUCAGGGCCGAGGCUGAUUUCUACCAGAUCCAGCCCCUCCUGGACGCCCUGCGGGACCUGGAGGCAUCUCGGAGGGCUUCCGCUCCCACUGCUGCCCUGCUCCAUGCAGAUGUGGAUGCCAGCCCCCGCCUGGUGCACUUCUCUGCUCGCCGGGGUCCACACCACUAUGAGCUCAGCUCCGCCCAGGUGGACACCUUCCGAGCCAACCUCUUCUGUACCGACCCCGAGUGUCUGGGGGCCCUGCAGGCCCGAUUUGGUGUGGCCAACGGGGACAGGGCCGAGGGCGGCCCGCACUUUCGUCUGGAGUGGGCCCCCCGCCCAGCGGAACUCCCCGAGGUGGAGUAUGGGAGACUGGGGCUGCAGCCGCUGUGGGCUGGGGGGCCAGGAGAGCGCCGGGAGGUGGUGGGCACGCCGGGCUUCCUGGAGGAGGUGCUGCGGGUGGCCCUGGAGUACGGCUUCCGCCUAGACUCUGUCUUCCCUGACCCUGAAGACCUGCUUAACUCCCGAUCGCUGCGCUUUGUCCGGCACUGAGGAUGCUGCCCUCAGUUUGACUGUGGGAGGGAGCGGGGAUGGGGCAGCCACGGCGGUAAAGGCUCCUCUGAAGCCUUUUCCCAGCUUGGCCUGGGGAGCUGUGAGAGUCAGGGGUCCCGCCGCACCUGACUGGAGCCCAGAUGUGGGCAGGUAGCCCCAGACCUGAGCCCACCUGAGAGCUCACGUGGUUCAGAGGAUCUGGGCUGGUCUUGAGCCUGGGAAGGACAGGGAAAGUUCCCCUGGCUUGUUCUCACCUGAAGCUGGGGACCCUCAGCCUCUCCUUAGUUGAAGUUCAGUGUUCAGGGGUCUAGAAAGGUGGGGAGCACCCCCCUGCCCAGACUAGACCUUGCAGAACCCUGGAGGGACACUGAAAUCUGUAGGAAGGGGGUACUUUGGCUUCUCCUCCUGGAUCUAGGCAACCUGGUCCUGCCUGGCCUGACCAAUGACAGGCCGGAACAUUCUGGAAUGCAGGAAGGGGGAGUCUUUGCUGUGUCCCAAGCCACCUACAGUGGGAGACCAAAAGGCCACACUCCACCCUGAAAAUCUGAGUGUUUUAAAGGAUCCCACACUGGGGAUAAGACUGGGGAGGAGGGUGGCACCCUCUUGGGUCUGGGCCUUACUCCCCCCUUGGGGAUCAGGUGUUUGUGUACGUGCGUACCAUUCCGUGUGUCUGACAGGUGUGUGAGUCCCCGACACCCUGGCUCCCAUCCCUGCUGCUGCCUACGGCAUCUGUGUGCCGGUCCUCCAGUGGUCUCUGCGUGUCGAGGCCUGUUUUGGUUGCCUGGCAACUCUUUUGGCACAGGGUGUGUCUGUGGCAUGAGUGUGAGUAGACUGAGAAUUAGUAGUUUAAUUACAGGGUGUGUAUGUGUGUGUGCGUGUGUGUGUUGUGUGCACCCAUCCCUAUGUGGGCAGCCACUCAGGCCUUCCCGGUGACAGAUGAGAAAGGAGUCCCUGGGCUGAGUCUCUGAGGCGGGGCUGGAACUCUUGGUUGCUAAGGCAACCCUCAGUUGCUAGGAGACAGCUGGGGGAAGGCCCAAGGCCCCCCAGGCCCAGGCCAGACAGAGGAGAUGGGAGAUGAAGGGACGCCUUUGGGAGUGGGGAGGAUAGGGGAAGGGAUGGGAUUCCUGGGUCCCUGAGGGGAUGGGGGCACGCUCACAGCUACUUCACUUGGGGAGUCGCUUGUUAUUUAU